CGAUAUACACCAACAAUCCUCCCCCUCCCCUGCAUCCCGCCUCCACACUCCCCCGGGGCCCUCGUCACCAUGUCCAAAGGCACAAAGUACCUCCUCGUGUCGCUGCCCACCUCCAUCUCCCCCUCCAGCCACACCGACGAGGCCCUGACAGCCCUCCGCUCCACCGUGUCCAACGACAAUGGCACCACCUACCAGUUCGCGAUCCCCAACUUCAAGAUCGGCACGCUCGACGCCCUGGUCCAGCAAGCCGACGAUCUGGCCAAGCUCGACUCGGCCUGCGAAGCUGUCGUCGGCAAAGUAGGCGACAGCCUCAAAACCCUCAUGGACGGCGACGAGGACCGCACCCAGCAGCACAAGACCAUCAACGACAAGCCCGUGGACCAAUACCUGCGCACCUUCCAGUGGAACAAGAUCAAGUACCGCGCCGACAAGCCCAUCGCCGACAUCAUCGACUCGCUGCACAAGGAACUCGGCGCCAUCGACAACGACGUCAAGGCAAAGUUCCAGCAAUACUCGCAAACAAAAACCAACCUCGUCGCCGCCGAGCGCCGCCGCACAGGCAACCUCUCCACCAAAUCCCUCACCGCCAUCGUCGACCCAAAACUCCUCAUCCAGGACUCCGAGUACCUCGACACGCACCUCAUCGCCGUGCCCAACGCCCAGGUCAAGGACUUUCUCAAGUCCUACGAGGCCCUCGCGCCCAUGGUCGUCCCGCGCUCCGCCGCCCAGGCCGCCGCCGACGACGAGUUUACCCUCUUCACCGUCGCCACCUUCAAGAAGCACGCCGCCGAAUUCGUCCACAAGUGCAGGGAGAAGCGAUGGACGCCGCGCGACUACAAGUUCCGCCCGGGCGGCAAAGAAGAGGAAGCCAAGGAAGCAAACCAGCUCGCGCAGGACGCGCAGAAGCUGUGGAACGAGGCGCUGCGGCUCGGCAGGACCGGCUACAGCGAGACCGCCAUGAUCUGGAUCCAUGUCCUCGCCCUGCGCGUCUUUGUCGAGACCGUCCUCAGAUAUGGUCUUCCGUUGGAUUUUGUCUGCGGCCUGGUCCAGACAACCCCCAAACUCGCAAAAAAAGCAAAACAAAACCUCGACGCAAACUACUCGUACCUAGGCGGCAACGCCUUUGGCCGCGACGCAAAAGGCCGCAUCCAAAAGGACGACAUGGCCACCGCAAACGAUUUGCAGUCCGCGGGCCACGGCGAGAUGGAGUAUUCGGCGUUUGUGUAUUACGAGUUUGAGAUUCUGUGA